AUGUUCUGGGGAGACGCGUACUAUACGCGCCGUUCACAUAUCCUCAACCGAGCCCUACGCGAGCAAACGCAAAGAGAGCGUCACUCACUCGAGGUGCUGACGGGCAAGACGCCGGAUCUGCGUGGAAUUGUUGUUUUUGGCUCCCAGUGCAGCGUGUACAGGAGACCCGCGCGUGAACUUCAGCAGCUGCCGCAGCGCCUGGGGCGCGCCAUCAUUUACCCGUCCUAA